UAGUGCUGAUUAGAGUACUAGUGCUGAUAUUUCCCACCGCACUUGAUCUACGCACCAACCGGAAUUAUCCUAAUCUAGAGCCGAACUAGCCUCCAUCUCCUCUCUUCACCCGGUAUCAGCAACCCCCAGAAGCUGGCUAUGGCUCUCCGGAGGUUCUUCGUGGGGGGAAACUGGAAGAUGAACGGGAACAAGGAGAGUCUGGGAGAGCUGAUCACCACCCUGAACACCGCCAGCCUGGACGAGCAGACCGAGGUGGUGUGUGGCGCUCCAUCCAUCUACCUGGACUUUGCUCGGUCCAGUCUGGAUCCCAGAAUCAGUGUUGCAGCCCAGAACUGCUACAAGGUCGCCAAGGGAGCGUUUACAGGAGAGAUCAGCCCGGCCAUGAUAAAGGACUGUGGGGUCGACUGGGUGAUCCUCGGACACUCGGAGAGACGUCACGUUUUUGGCGAAAGUGAUGAACUGAUCGGCCAAAAGGUGGCUCACGCUCUGGAGAGCGAUCUGGGCGUGAUCGCCUGCAUCGGGGAGAAGCUGGAGGAGCGCGAGGCAGGCACCACAGAAGAAGUCGUCUAUGCUCAGACACAAGUCAUUGCAGAGAAUGUGACGGACUGGGAGAAAGUGGUGCUGGCGUAUGAGCCGGUGUGGGCCAUCGGUACAGGAAAGACAGCUACACCUGAGCAGGCUCAGGAAGUCCAUGAGAAGCUGAGGACGUGGCUCAGAGCUAACGUCUCAGAUGAUGUGGCUGAUUCCUUGCGCAUCAUUUAUGGAGGUUCAGUAACAGGUGCGAACUGCAGAGAACUGGCUUCUCAGGCUGAUGUGGAUGGCUUCCUGGUGGGCGGAGCCUCUCUAAAACCAGAGUUUGUCGACAUCAUCAACGCGCGAGCAUAAGACACAGUUAACUGCUAAAUCAGGACCAAUGAAAACCACUUUGCCCUUUAGACUUUUGCAUGUUGCUGUGUGUCUGCAGCCUGGGCUGACUCAUUCACACACAGAUGUGUGUAUUAAUAUGCAAAAUACAUAGCAUGUUUAUUUAGUAAAUACAAGUUUGUUAAUAUUAGGUUUUUAUUUAAAAAAUUAUUUUAUAUUCUGACUUUUUUCAGGCUGCAUAUAAGAAGUGGAGAGGAUGAGAAUAUGAGUUUAUAUUCUAGUGAAUCGUGCAAACCAUAAACCUGUUUAGUUACACAUUAUUAGUUUCACAGAUGACAUGUCCUGCAGAGAAUCUGUCAGCCCAGGCUGUUCUGUGUGUUUGCUUUCAGAAUGAUAGCACUGCUGUGAUGUCUGUCUCACCCACAUCUAACUGCACUAUUACUUACUUACCUUAGUCUGAAACAAUUAAAGUUCCAGAUGAAAUUUACUUGAAUAAAAAACACAAAUAGAAAAUAUGUAUCUUUUUGUUGGAGCUCAGUCUUUGGAGUCAAGAACAUUUAAAAGUCAGUAAAGCUUUACUACGUGUUCUGGCUGAGGUGUGCUCUUCACGUUGAUGGAUCAAACAAAUAAAGUGUGGAAAUUGUA